AUGAUGUUUGGGAAGAGUUUCAUGAGAUUCAGGCACGAGCCGUCCGGUUUGGAGUACAACUUCGACGCGAUGGGGGCCAUCCGCCAGGUGAGGCUAGAGCCAGAGACGUCUAUCAAGGUGGCCGCUUCCGAGAAUUGGGUGCGCUCCAACCGAAAACACGUGGAGAGCAUUCGCGCGAGCGGGAAGCCGGGCGAGAAGGAGGAGUUCGAUUGGACUUACACGUCUUGGUACAUGGGGGAGGUGAGAAGAAAAUCUGGUACAACUGCGCCGAGUCGACGAGACUCGGGAGGGGCGAAGGAAAUGCCGUACGAGAAGUUGAGAAAUACGAGUGAGCCGGUUUUGCACUACGCGGAGGUGCAUUUUUACGAGGACGAGCUUUCCGACCACGGCAUUUCUCAAUACGGCGUGAAGUGCAGAGUGAUGCCGACGUAUUGGUUUUGCUUAGCGCGCUUUUGGCUUCGGGUGGACCGCAGUUUUUUUCGGGUGCUGGAGACGAGGUUGUAUCACGAGUACGGGAGCGAAGAGAUUUUGAGGGAGUAUACAAGGAAGGAGGGGAAGUGGGGGGAGGUGUGUCAGAGAGUGACGGAUAUGGGGGACAUCAAGAAUCCGAACAAGUUUUCGCACGUGUUGGAUCCAAUUUGCAGAACAGUCGAUUCAAUUUUGCUCGAGUGA